CACAAAAGUGCUCGCUCAAAAAAUAUUUGUUUACUUAUCAGCUUUAAGUUAAAUAAUAAAUAUAAAUAGUUUAAACAUAUCUAUAGUUACAUUAAUAAUUAUAGUGAUUACAAUUAGUUCGUGUUAAUGUUUUCUUUUGAGAUUUGAGAUUGCUUAGUUUGUUAUUAUGACUUUUAAAAGUGACCCUCGAAAUCGCAUGUCAGAAGAAUUUCAACUGUUGGCCGAGGAAAAAUGGAUUAUAGAAACGCUCAAUAAACUAAAGCAGCAACGGAAUUCUUUACAGAUAGAGAGACUCCAAUUAGAGAGUUUGAAGGCGAAAUUCAGGCCGAGUUCUAUCCUGACAAAGCCAUCAGUGCCCCAAGUGUCUGUUCCAGAACAACCUGCACCCUCAAAGUCUGCAGUCAACAUAGUGCAGAUUGUCACUAUAAAGCCUGCUGACAACAUUGCAACUGUUGAGAAACGGCUUGACGAUGAGACUUGCAAUGAUGAGGAACUUAACUUGGUUGUCACUAAUCCUAUUUUUAACCGACAUCAAAACACAGACUUCAACAUCGAGGAAGAUGAAGAGGAAGAGUUUGAUAACACAGACUUCUAUAUAGAUAUGAACAUGUUUAUGAACGGGGAGUUGGAGGACUGAUACCACCAGUACUGACAAAAGUUCAAGCAAACUUAUCAGUCACACACACUGUUUAGAAUUGUGCACAAAUAGGUACACUUUUUGACAGUUCUUCUGUCACUUCUUGGUGGAGUUGUGUAUGUGUCAAAUGAAAAGAAAGUGCAACUGAAGAACCAUAUAUUAAUUUACUCUUUGUGAAGAACUGAACAGAAAAUGCUGUUUUUCCAUAUUGUCAUUGGUGAAAUUAUUUCAAAAUAUUUGCAAUAAAAGUGCCAUAGACAAGAAAGAUGUGUGACUUUGAUAACUGGAACAGGAUGUUAAUUGUACCGUACUGGCAAUUUUGUAAUUCAUAAUAAAUACGUAUUUACAAAA